CCGCAACACCAGGGGAACAAUAGGCGGAGCAAUAAAGCAGGUAAAUCUAACUUUUGAUGACUUACACGUGUCCGUGGCCAUCGCUAAUCUACAGAAAACGCCAACAAAAUAACAUUUGCAUCGCAAGAGAUUUUUCUCAUAAAUGUUUUAAUGAAAUCGACGGGUCGCUGAGUGUGAACAGCCAAGCAAGGUGUGAGGAGAUCAGCGGAGGAUGUGCUCGAGCGGCCGGCUGUGUGGGGGGGAGGGCCGGGCUCCCCCCAGCUCAGCGAGCGGAGGCAGCAGCUCCGGGUCGCAGUACGCCCUGUGCGCGCUGGGCGUGGGGCUGGUGGCGCUGGGCGUGGUGAUGAUCGUGUGGACGGUGGUGCCGGCGGACGUGGCGGGGAACAGCAGCAGCGCCUCUUCCCCUGUGGGUGCGGAGACGGACGGAGAGCUGGACGCCAGGGGCAAGACCUCGUCCGUGGCCUUCGUGCUGGUCGGGGCGGGCGUGGCCAUGCUGCUGCUGGCCAUCUGCCUGACCAUCAGGAGCAAGCACCGGCAGCGGCGCCGCGAGAGCCAGCCGCAGGAGGCCCGGUACCAGGACCAGGAGCCUGCGGAGCCAGGGGAAACGGAGGAGGACACAGCCCCCCGGUAUGACGUGCCCAGCUAUGAGGAGGUGGUGGGCAGCGGGCAGUACCCAGUGCGCCAGAGCAACCUCCGGCUCAGCACCUCCCAGCUGCCCUCCUACGAGGACCUGCUCCAGGCUGUGGAGAACGAGGGCGAGGGGCCAGGGGGCGGGACCGGGCAGGACCCGCCCCAGCCCCCGCCCACCCCGGCCGCUGCAGCUGCCCAGCCUGCCCCUGAGCCGCAGUCGGCCCCGCCCUCCCGGAGCAACAGCCGGUCCAGCCGGAUCCUGCGGCCCCUCAGAGUACGCCGGAUCAAAUCUGAGAAGCUGCACCUCAAAGACUUCCGCCUCAACAUCCGCAACCCCGCGCAGGGAGGGCUGGUGACCAUCGAGCCCCUCACCCCACCGCCGCAGUACGAGGACAAGCCACCUGAAUUCUGAAGAGUGCGCCCCCUUCAGCCCGGGAGGGAACUGCAUUGCUGGAGUCUCACUAGAAGGGUCAGGGGCUUUCAACAGUCAUGCUGGUGUCAGCGAUGUCUCUGAGGCGCUGGACACAGAUUACAGCUGUGCCACGCCCUGGGGGCACGCUCCCCACAGCAGACCCAUUGGAAGUACUCUUAAAAACCGUUUUCUGUUCCAGCAUUAAGGCCAUUCUUUAAAUCUGCAUAAGAAAGGAGGGCAUUGGGUCUGUAGGGAAUUAACACAAUCCUUCAUCAACCUGCUGUUUGUGGCUGUGAUGGAGGCUUACCUGUGCCUAGUAUCAGUCAUUAAUGUGAUUACCUCAGUUACCUGUGUUACCUUAAUGACAGACCAUCACUUCAGCUGUGGAAUUGUCCUGUGGUUUGACCUGAUUGCUCACUAAACUGCAGAAUACACUUGUGUACAGGUAGUAUGAUAUAUUUAAAACUAUAAUUUAACUACAGUUUUAUAAAUGUGCAUGUUAUUCCUCAACUUCCCUAUGGCAGGAAUCGUUCAUGGUUACACAUCCAGCUCUAUGGUAAUCAGAGAAUCAUUCAAACCCCAGGAUGUGUUUUUCAUUAUCUAACAGAGAGAAGGGAUGUACUUUGCACUGCAUGCUGGGAAAUGUUGGCAUAGAGUAGCAGUGGUCUAGGGCAUCUGCCUGAAUAUGCUUUGUGGGCUCAUACUGAGAUGGUAGAAAGAAUGACCGCUUGCAAGGAGUCUGAAUCAAGUAUUUAUUCAUUUCUGAUUCACUAGAGUUGAGGAGAUGUAGUGUACCUACAUACAAGUAAAACUGAAAAUUAUAAGGGAGAGUUCUCUGCCUCCUUAACCUGCCUAAAUUGUUUCUCAAGGGAUAACUUAAAAGUAUAUUUGCUUUGCAGUUUGGUGUUGCCAAUAUAUUCCUGAAGGAGAAUUGAAGUUGUCUAAUCCUUCACACAUUUGGUUAUGAAAUAAUUUGAAAUGAAGAAAUGAAAGCACUCUAGGAUCUGUUUCCCAUCAAGACUCUUUACUUAGUGGUCAGACUCUUACAGUAGUCGUGCUGUUUGAGGGAUCUGGGAGUGUGGAAAUAAGAUUUAAACACAGAAAGGCUAAUUAAAUCACGGCUGUCAAUCUCAGUGAGCGUCUGUGGUCAGUGUGUUGGCGCGGAUGACUGCUUUUCUGCCGUCUGUGAAAAGAACACCAAAGGAUGAAACUUCAAAGCACAGCCUGAAUUUACCACUGAUUAGAAGUGUUGUCAUAUGAUAACUUUAUCCAUACCAGUGAUGUUCUCUUUGAAUAAGGGCUCUUUACUGCAGUGGUGUUUUUUGUGUGCGUUUCCUGUAGAUGGCGCACUCUAGCUGUAACUGAAAGCUGAGAUGUCGGCUAACUGAAAACGGGGGGAACGUUGUCCUCGUUUUACAGAUUAAUCUGCAGCUCAGUGUGAAUUGGGCACAACGCCCCAUUCUGCAAGAAAAUAAAUGUAGGGUGUAUUCAGUUCAUUCUAGUUUUCUAUGUUCUUGUAAAUAUUUCUGUUGUGUCUGUGCCUAUAAGGGAGAAGCUUGUCACUCUGACAUUAGUGUACCGCGUAACUCGACCCACCCACAGGGGUGUACUGUACAGUGCAUGCUGGAAGGAGAAGUUUUAUCUGAUGUCAUGAUCUACUGUAAACUUGCAGUCUGAACGGCGCAGCAAGUUAGCUCUGGGAAGGGUGGUGUUUUACAAUGCCAAUCAAUUUUCAAUUGAUGUAUUUAUUUUAAAAUGGAUAAA